GAAAGAUCAUUAAUCACUUGGAGAAAUAAAAAAGAAAAAAUGGCAACAGAGCAGGAAAGAGCAGAACUAGACCGAAAGGCAAAGGAAGGAGAGACAGUGGUUCCAGGUGGAACUGGUGGAAAAAGUCUUGAGGCCCAGGAACACCUUGCCGAAGGGCGGAGUAGAGGAGGGCAGACGAGGAAGGAGCAGAUAGGAGAGGAAGGGUACCAAGAGAUGGGACGCAAGGGAGGCUUCAGCUCGAGUGGCGCCUCGGGUGGAGAGCGUGCCCAGGAGGAAGGCGUCCCAAUUGACGAGUCCAAGUACAAAACCAAGACCUGAACUUGAAGUUGAUGAUGAUAUAUACUAUACUUGAAUGCAUGCAAGUAUUCUAACUUUGGUUAAUGUAUAAAGGGGUGUUGUUCUAGCUUGUACUAAAGUAUGUAGCUACUAGUUUCACCUAGUUUAUGGUUUGGGGCUGAGUGUGUGUCAUAACAGCUUGUUAAUUUCUUACAUAUGCUAUGUUGAGAUGAAUGUUAUCAUGUUGUUUUAGCUAUGACGGAGCUUGAUAUCCAAAUACAGGAGUUUGUAUGGUCA